AUGCAGUUCACUGCCUUAACAGAUGACAUCCUCUUCCUUAUUCUCUCAUUCCUUACGCCUCCCGAACUCCUUGGAAUUCGUCAGAAAUUGUCGCAGACCUGCACCCGGCUGGCCCGCCUAUCUCGAGAACGCACGGUCUGGGUGACGGCGUGCCAGGGCUUCGUUUUGUCAAACGAGUAUCCAUUUCCACGGGGGCAACCACUGGAUUCGAUACCCUUGGAAGACCUGGAGAGAUACACCAUCCAAGGUUAUCGACUGGCCGAGAUCUGGGGCAGGAGGGACGACGUCACUAAACCAAUCGGAUUUCAAUCAGUCGUCAAUCUGGAGGGCCAUUCGGGAAGCGCCGUCUCAGAAGUCCACUUCCUGCCUAUGAAGGAUAUGCUUCUAACAGUUUCGAAGAGCGUUUGGGUGGUGAUGACGGUGUGGCAGAUAGGAGCUGUGGGUAACCCUGACCCGGUCAAGCUUUGCGAGUGGAGCCCUCGAGGAGCGCUUUUCCAGGGAUUAGCCGUGAACUCGGACCCAACAUCGCCCGCAACGUUGGCUGUCUCCGUCAUUGACCGUUCGAAUGAACACCAUGCCCACGUAUUGUCUUUGAACCAAGAGAGCCAAUCGACCUGGGCUUUAACAACUCUUGUAUCCUUCCAGACGCACUUUAUUCCGCUAACGUUGGAAGGGAAUCAGGUUGCUUUAUGCGAUGAUUCUUCCCAGACUGCUAUCUGGGAUUGGUCUACCUCAGAAUACGCCACGCUGGACGAAGAUCUCCGCGAAACCGACUCUGAAGAGCCGCCAGCUCUCCAAUCUAUGUGGACUCACAAUGUCGCUUCCCAAGUCCUAUUUACCUUGGACAGCGUGCUGGUCGUUCGUGCACGAUCUCUGUGUCUGUUCCCUUGUCCAAAAUUGGCCGAGUCCAAUGAUCCGGUUGCCACAAGUGCUGGACCACUUGCGCGACAUUCUUUUGGUUGGCUAGAUGGUGUCACGGUAUCACCCCAAACCUCGACCAGAGGAAACACCACCUCCUACAACAUCCUUCUGCGUGCAGAGAGCGAUGAUCCGUGGCAGCCACCAGACGCGCAUACCCUCUGCGUUUACACUCUAGAUGUCAACCCCGAUUACCUGGUUUCUGGCUCGACCGACAGUACACCAUCGCUCGAUUCUGUCGAAGGUGCUGCCACCCCUCCUCCCCUUCUUCCCUACAUAUUCCCACCGCGCUAUCAAACCAAGAUACCCACUUCGAGGGGUGCCUUACGUUGCCCGAGCCUGCGACUGGGCAGUUGUGGGACGGCUGUUUGGGUAAAGCCUGGAGAAUCCGUCGGGAGUGCGACAGGGUUGGUUCAGAUGCCCUGUCACCAAGAUCCCUUCUUCAAUAACGGAUACACCGACGACGACUAUGCUGUUCCCAUGCCUAUAUCGUUCGCUCGACCUUUCAAGGGAAGGGGAAAGGAGUGUCUGAUGGCAGCCGUUCUCCCUUCUUCGAGUUUGUAUCAUCACAGCAAAGCUUCAACGGCGAAUCAAACAUCGCCGGUCAUGCUUAUGUCUAAUCAAGACCUGCAAGAUUGGACUUGUCUUGACUAUGACGAAGCCACAGGUCGAAUCGCUCUUGGGAAGGGAGAUGGGCACACAUUGCUGCUUUCUCUCUAG